AUGGGUGUUCCUGAAGUCACGAAAUACCUGGUUUUCCUGGCUUUGAACGUCGUCAUCGCUGUAAGUACGUAUCCACCCCAGCACCACCCACCCCAAUCAAGCUUUCAGUUCUGCGGUGCCAUCCUCCUCGCCUUUGGUGCCAUCCUCGAGGUGGACGAACACAAAGGCGUCAAGAGCUUCGCUCACUUAUCCAUCGGGGGUUUCGGCAUCGGCAUCGGCGUCUUGGGUCUGAGCAUGGCCACUUGGGGCCUGUGGGCCCUGUUCAAACGCAAACCCAGCUACUUAAUUUACUACGCUAUCUUCCUCAUCAUGCUCUUCAUCGUCCAAAUCGUCCUUGGAGCCAUAGCACUAGGUCUGGUGAGCGCUGGCAACAAAGACGACGACGAAACGGAGAAAGCGGUAGAGAAGCUCUUCGUGCGGAUUAACGACGACUCUGCGGUGAAACGGAUCAACCACAUUCAGAAAAACUUUCGUUGCUGCGGCGCUACUGGACCUAGUUGGUGGAAGAACAUGUUCAAUAAGCCUCUGCCGAUUAGUUGUUGUGCGGAAAUGAAGGAUCCUUGUACGAAUCCGUACGAAAAGGGGUGCGGGGGGGUGUAUUCCGCCACUAUUCAGAAAAACGUGGGGGUGAUUGGAGGGGUGGCCAUUGGGUUUUCGCCGGUUUUGCUGGUGACUGCGAUUUUGGCUUGGUACAUACGACUUGCCAUUAAGAAACGACAAUACACGUAGCUUUUGUAAAUAUAAGUGAUUAAAGUUUACAGAAAAUCA